AUGGGCCUGCUAGAACAAUUGCAGGAACAAGGAUGGUACAUCACGCAACCCGGCUUAGACAAGCUGCUGGAAGGUGAAAAAAAUGGUUCCACCGCGAACGUCGAUGUGAAACAAGUUGUGAAAUUGGCCUUGAAUACUGAUUUGAGAGAGUAUGGCGGUGGAGCGCUCAGCAGCUUAGCCGCACGGGGCACAAAGUCGGAAACCUUCGAAGGGCAUGGUGUGGUGCAGCUGGUAAAGCUGCGCAAUUUGGGCGCACCCAAGGUAAACGAAGAGUCAAAAGCAGCACCCCGCCUGCUGAAGCUUACAGUCACCGACGGACAAACGCAGUUCGUUGCCCUCGAGCAUGAGCACAUUCCGUCGCUCAGCCUUAACACGCCGCCGGGCACAAAGAUUCUGCUGAAAAAUGGUCCGAUCCGUAUCAUACAGGGUGUGAUGAUGCUGAGCGAAAAGAACGUACAGGUACUCGGGGGACACGUUACGGCACUGGUGGAAAAAUGGGAGCUAAGUCGCACCAUGGCCAAAUUCGCAAAGGGUGGUCGGUUGCAGUUCAGCGCUUCCGGACCACCGCCUUGGAUUCCUUUCGGACAGAAAAUCCAGCAACCGGUUGCGGCGGCUGAUAAGGACUUUAAGAGCCUGCAACCGAAAGAAAAAGAGGAAUCCACCGAAAAUACGGCCUUCAAUGCAUUGCGCAACGAUGCCAUAGCGGAAGCCACGAAGCUUGGUACCAAGAAAACUUUCGGUGGCGGUGCAAAGCAGAUGGUUGACGCGAACGUGCAGAAAAUAAUGGACAAAGGUUUCACAGAGGAUCAAGCAACCCAUGCGCUAAAGCUGACUCGUAACAAUGUCCACCGGGCACUGAGCAACCUGCAGCGAAUAGAGGACCGCAAACAAGCGCAAGCCGAUUCGGCAUCCGGCGGUGGCAAGGUGGACGGAGGUAAAUCUGGAGGAAAGCGAGGUUUCGGCAAGCGGGACGAUGACGCAGAGAUGCAAUCGAAACCAUCCGGAAAGGUGUCUUUGUUUGAGUAUUUUGGCGAUAUACUGCAGGAUACUGAAUCAGCAUCCACCACAGCAGGAACAUCCGGUGGUGGUAAGAAAUCAAGCAGUAAAGAAUCGACACCGAAUGAAAAGGAACAGAACCGAGCGCGAAGCGAUAGUGCCGCCAGGCAAACGGGUAACAACCGUCACCCACCAUCGAAGAAUCAACCGGCGGGUGGUACAAACCGUUCGCAAGGUGAUAAUGGUAGUAGCCACAAUUCCACCGCAGGGAUGGUUAAUGGUGGCAGCUCGAAGACUUACAACCAACGUUUUGAGAACAAUAUUUCGAGUAGUUUUGCGAACCGCAACACAACCACCUCCUCGUCCGGUCGUGGUGGUGAACGAGCUCGCAAUGAUCAGCACAGCAGCCAGCAAGGACAGAGCCAAUAUUCGAACCAAUCUCGUGAGACACAGCGAGAUCAGCAGUCCAGCUACAAGCAGUCGGAUUAUUACGGAUCAUCGGGUAACAGCCGUUACCGAGGAACCAAUACGAAUGAUAAUCAUUCCUCCAGUUCAUCCAAUCAUCCAUCCGCUAGCACCAGUGCAAGGGGUGGAAACUCGCGCGGUGGUGAUUCGAAAUACAACCAGUCACAUCAAACUUCCGGCUACAGUCACAGUUCGCAACAGCAACGCCAGGACGGUUACAACAAUAACAGCAGUAACAGUAAUGCAACCGCUGGUGGAAAAUACAAUGGCAAAGGCCAGUCAAACAAUAAUACAGCCGGCUACGGUAACAGUAGCUACGGUUCGGAAGGGCGAAGCCAUCAACAGCAAUCAUCUCAAUACGGGCAUGGUUCAGUGUCUCACGAAAAUCGACCGAUGGGAGGUGGUGGCAGCGGAAAAUCCGGUUCUGGAACGCAAGGUACAUCAAACCAACAGCAUACCACAUCGCAGCAACAAUCAUCCUACGGAAAUGCAUCCAAGCAGUCCGGGUAUCACAAUCAGCACCAAGGGUCAGGCUCAUCGUACAACAGCAGUGCCGCAAACGGUAACAACGUUCAUAAUCAAUACAAUCAGCAAGCCAGUGGUAGUAACCAUGGCAACAAUUACGGCGGCGGCGCUAAUAACGGAUCCAAGAAUUCUACUAAAAAUAGCCGCUAUGGAGGUAAAGAUGAAUCUCAUAAAUAUACGGGAGUUAAUGCGUCGCAGAGCACCACCAAUAACACGCAGCAAUCUAAGAAAGGACCUGUAAAGACUCACGGAUCACAGCAGCACUCGAAUACUGCGCAGAAUAAUGCAACCGAUCAACAUUCGUCCUACGGUACAGCAGGCGGCAGUAAGCAAGGAGUUGCGAAUACCACCGCCAAUAGCAAGAUGAAUCAAGUUACGGAACAGAUGGGUAGUAUGCAAGUAACCGGCAGCAAGGCGUCGGGUUACAGCGCUACAAACACUGGUAACAACACGUCAAAUGCGCCGGCUUCAUCUUCCACGCCGUCGGCGACUAACAAACCUGUUUCGAUGAAACAGACGAACACUAACAAUACAAACACCGCAACGGUUACACAGCCUCAUCCACCUCAGAUAGCUUCCCCACCUGGAAUAGCGCUACCCACGACUGUUACCAAUGCGCCCGUCGGACCCGGCGGUCCAUCUCCUGGCGUUCCAGUAGCCCAUUCGCCGGGCGUCGGUGUUAGUGCCGGUGGGCCACCGAGUGUACCGAAAAAUUUCAUCCAGCUUCCGAAUGGAUAUAAUUACAAUCCAUACCAGAUCAUGGGUUUCCAGAAUAAGCAAACGAACGAGUUUGCGUUGAAUGUUCUCAAAAGUCAACAGCAGUUUGACCCGAUGCAGCAGCAACCAAUGCUCGGGACACCCGGUCCGGUUCCGCCUACUGUGUCGCCUGUCGGACCGAAUGUUGUUUCGCUGACGCCGAAUGUAACGCCAUCGGGCGUACUGGCCCAACCGCCACCUCCUCCUGCCGCCGUACUCGCCACUGCACCAAGCCCGGGGUCAGUUCCAACUCACGGUACACUUGCCCCGACCACCAUGUCUAUGGCACCGGCAAUGGCACCACCAACCGCUACGAUAUCCGCUGUCUAUCCCAACUGGAAGAUUGGCGAUCGAUGCUUGGCUAAGUACUGGGAAGAUGGAGGGUUCUAUACGGCAGAAAUUACUGACACUUCGAAGAACACAUUCGUUGUACAUUUUCUCGAAUAUGGCAACUACGAGGAGGUGCUGAAAACGGAUUGUAUUCCCAUCACACAAACUGCCGCCCCUGCAGCACCUGCUCCGAUGACACUCAGCUAUCAUCCCGCACCUGCCCAACCGCACAUGCCGCCACCGCAUCCGGCAGCAGCUCCCGUACCAUUUGCUCCCCAUCCAGGCCAUCCUCAUCUUGCGCAUCAGCAUCACCACGGACACGUUCAACAUCAUGCGCCUCCAAUGGCGGCUGCACCAGGAGCUUACCAGGCUCCGAUGCAAGAUAUGACCCAUGGUGCCCAACACGCGCACUAUGCGCCGUUCAAACCGGGCCCAAUGGCUCCGGUGGGCGCACCAAUCCCUACCCCGCCUGGUCAGGGCCAACUUCCACCAGCGAUGAACCAGUAUCAGCCAACCCAACAUCACCUUCAUCAGCCGCAGCAGCAGCAACAGCAACACCAUCUCUCCCAGCAGCAGCAGGGUGGUCAUAUGCCGCAGCACCAUCACCAGUCACAGAUGUCUCUACACGGUCAACAACGGCCAGGUGGAAAGUUUCGAGAACAGCGCCCGAUGUAUGUUCCACCGGCGCAACGUAAAUAA